CGCAUUUGGCGGGCACUGUGCCAAAAGCUGGAUAACCUUUGUACUCCGGCAUUAAAAGUGCAGGAGUCUGAGCCUCCGGGUGUGUAGCGGUUCUCCCGUCAUGCGGUACUUAACGUGCCUGUUGCUUUGGGUGUUCCCGCGAGUCUGGGGGCAAUGGGAAGACCAGCUAAAGAAUUACCCAUUGCGCUGCCUGCAGAUCUCUUCCUUCCCAAACAGUAGCAGCUUUCGCACAGAUGGCUUGGCCUGGCUGGGGGAUGUGCAAACGCACAGUUGGAGAAAUGCCUCUACCGUUAGCUUCCUGAAGCCUUGGUCCCACGGCAAGCUCAGUGACCAACAGUGGCAGACGUUGGAGCAUAUAUUACAAGUUUAUCGAACCAGCUUUACCAGGGACAUACAGGAAUUAGUCAAAAUGUUGCCUAUCAUUCACUAUCCCAUUGAGAUGCAGGUGUCUGCUGGGUGUGAAGUGCACUCUGGAAACACUUCAGAAAAUUUUUUCAACGUAGCAUCUCAAGGACAACAUAUCCUGAGUUUUCAGGGAACUUCCUUUCAGAAGGCCCCAGAUGCCCCACCUUGGACAGAGUUGGCCAUUAAAGUGCUCAACACUGAUCAAGGGACCAGGGAAACGAUCCAGCAGCUUCUGAAUGACACCUGCCCCCAGGUUCUCUAUGGCCUCCUAGAAGCUGGGAAAGCAGAACUGGACAAGCAAGAGAAACCUGUGGCCUGGUUGUCAAGUGUCCUCAGCCCUAGACAUGGCCAUUUGCAGUUGGUGUGCCAUGUCUCCGGCUUCUACCCACAGCCUGUGUGGGUGAUGUGGACUCAGGGUGAGCAGGAGCAAAACAGUACUCAGAGAGGUGACAUCCUUCCCAAUGCUGAUGGGACAUGGUAUCUCCGAGCUACCCUGGAUGUGGAGGCUGGAGAGGAGGCUGGCCUCGCCUGCCGGGUGAAACACAGCAGUCUAGGAGGGCAGGACAUCAUCCUCUAUUGGGCAGAUGGCAGACAUUCUUCAUAUGUGGUUUUCAUCAUCCUGGCAGUCCUAAUACUUGUGGUAGGCCUUGGGCUCGGUUUUGUGUUCAUCUCCAGGAAUCGGUGCUCCUAUCGAAGCAUCCGGUAGCUCCUCCUCACUAUUGCCUCUCCUGAGACUCAGACCUUCCAGCUUCUAGGACUUCAGUCCUGGUCUGCUCAGGAAGAAGUGAAGAACAAAUGAAGCACCCUUUCAACAUUUUUUUAAAAAAACGAAUUCAGUUUUUAUUAUAUUGCACUUUUAUGAGCCCGAGCGUGGGUUGGAACAAACAUGAUUGCAGAUGCACAUACCGCCAAGAACAAGCUGUGGGCAGUAUUUUAUGGGAAUUGCAUUGAACUGGAAAGCACAGGUCCUGCCCAAACAGAUGCUUCAGGGUCUGUUGACAAGUGUAAUGUCCAACAUGGCUCAACUCUUCGGUUUUCAAGAAAACUAGGUGACAUGCAGAUUAAAAAAAGUAAACUCAAAUAUUUGCAAAUAUUGGCACUGCUUGAUAUCUUAGAUCCACACCUGCUGGAGAUGGAUAUAAAGACAACCCCAGGGCUUCCAGGUUGUGGCUCUUUAAAAAAAUGUUUGUCCUAAAUGCCAUAUGAUAAUUUUGGGACAUAGUCUCUAUGGUAAAUAUGCAUUUAUGACUGAAGGGUUUAUUCUCUUUAUAAUAAAAUUAGGAGGUCUCCUGA